GAGCCUCGUUCCCAGGCGCCUGGAGCCCGGCGGGCAUUGACGUCAAGCGCCGGCGGAGCGCUGCCUACAGACGGUUGACCUGGGCCCUCCUCCACACCCCCUUCCUUCUUCGCCUCCUCCCUCUUUCCUGCACGGGGGCUCGGGCUCACUAUAAAAGGUGGGAGCGCGUGGUGCCCCAGCAACGACGAGUUUCAGAACCAUGGAGAGCGCCCGCGUGAGGCUGCUGCCCCUCCUGGGCGCCGCCCUGCUGCUGAUGCUACCUCUGUUGGGUACCCGUGCCCAGGAGGACGCCGAGCUCCAGCCCCGAGCCCUGGACAUCUACUCUGCCGUGGAUGAUGUCUCCCACGAGAAGGAGCUGAUCGAAGCGCUGCAAGAAGUCUUGAAGAAGCUCAAGAGUAAACGUAUUCCCAUCUAUGAGAAGAAGUAUGGCCAAGUCCCCAUGUGUGACGCCGGUGAGCAGUGUGCAGUGAGGAAAGGGGCAAGGAUCGGGAAGCUGUGUGACUGUCCCCGAGGAACCUCCUGCAAUUCCUUCCUCCUGAAGUGCUUAUGAAGGGGCGUCCAUUCUCCUCCAUACAUCCCCAUCCCUCUACUUUCCCCAGAGGACCACACCUUCCUCCCUGGAGUUUGGCUUAAGCAACAGAUAAAGUUUUUAUUUUCCUCUGAAGGGAAAGGGCUCUUUUCCUGCUGUUUCAAAAAUAAAAGAACACAUUAGAUGUUACUGUGUGAAGAAUAAUGCCUUGUAUGGUGUUGAUACGUGUGUGAAGUAUUCUUAUUUUAUUUGUCUGACAAACUCUUGUGUACCUUUGUGUAAAGAAGGGAAGCUUUGUUUGAAAAUUGUAUUUUUGUAUGUGGCAUGGCAGAAUGAAAAUUAGAUCUAGCUAAUCUCGGUAGAUGUCAUUACAACCUGGAAAAUAAAUCACCCUAAGUGACACAAAUUGAAGCAUGUACAAAUUAUACAUAAUAAAGUGUUUUUAAUAAUU